AUGAGCGACCAACAGGACCAGUCCAAGCAGCAGCAGCAGGGCGGCGGCGGUCUCCUCGGCGGCCUGACCGGCGGACUGGACAACGUGCUAACGGGUGGCGACAAGGCACAGGGACAAGGCGGCCUGCUGGGCGGCCUGGGCGGCACCGUGGGCAAGACCACCGAGGGCCUAGGCAACACGCUGAACCAGACGACCCAGGGCGUCGGCGACCUGGGCAAGAGCACCACCGAGGGCGUCGGCAACACGGUGGGCGGUGUUACCGACACGGUGGGCAACACAGUCAAGGGUGUCACAGGUGGGCAGCAGCAGAAGAAGCAGUAA